AUGCAAAACCGUCUUCGAUCGAGAAAACUCAUUUCAGAUGUCUCUGUAGUAAAAGUAACCGCUUUUCAUUACCUACUACUACUUACCAUCACGAAUAUGCCGAAAGUUUUCCGACCCACAAUAAAGCAAAUUAAACCUCAAGUAAAAGCAAAUGAACAGGAAGUCCAAGAAGAUGGAAGUAAUCAGAUGCCUGAUUCGCACUCAGUUAAAGAAACUCCACCUUGCGUCAUUACAACUGAGCCAGUAGCCAGCCCUGAUCCGCCUUCAAAAGAUGUUCUCAAGAACCCUGAAGCAGAUGUUCAAAGGUCAACUGAUCUUGAUUCUUGUGUACGCGUCACUGCUGAUAAAUCUAAACCAUCUGGAGAAAUAGUAAACUUGUUUGUAUCUAAAAAGUCUCGAAAGGUUAAAACGAAAACAACGGAAGUAAUGCCACCUGUGGAUCAGCCUCUUGAUCGGUCUUCGGUUACUCUUCGUUCGUUAUUACAUUGGAUCCCUAUCAAUAAACCACCUCCAACUUAUCGACAAGAUCGUCUUAACUCCACCACUUGUUCAGUCAAUGGAGAUUUAGAGGCGAGUGAUUCAGACAUCAAAUUACCUGAAGACAAUUCCGUGGACCUUGAGACAAAAGAAAAUUCUCCAAAAAAUUCACCCACUGAAGGUUGUUUGGACCUAUUAGCCCCUCAAUUACGGAUUGAUGCUAAUGGGAAUAUAGUUUUGGAUGAAAGUAGUUUGGUGGUUCAAAAGAAAGAAAGUGUUGACAUUAAAACUUUGCGUUAUGUUAACGAAGAAACAGGUAUACUGAAUGUCACUUAUAACAGCUUCCGACCUCCUCGUAACAACCAUGGAAGAAAAUGGACAGAACGGGAGACUACUCGGUUCUAUAGAGCUUUGAGUACUAUUGGAACUGAUUUCUAUCUUAUGGAGAGAAUGUUCCCACGUCGAAAAAGAUCCGAACUAGUGAGUAAAUUCAAAAGAGAAGAGAAACGUAAUCCAUAUCUAGUCAAUCAAGCAUUACGGAAUCGUCGGUCUUAUGAUCUCAUUAACCUGCUACCUUCAAGCGAUGAGGAUGAAGUUGGAAAGAAUAUAUCUACAAAGAAAAGCAAGAGAAGUAAAUGUGAUCAGGAUUCAGUUUCGUGCAGUGAACAAUCAUACGAACAGGAUACUGAUAAACCAAGUAGACCUAAGUCUAGGCGUAAAAAGAGUACACUCCCCCAAAUCCGCAUUUUGGAGAUCAUCUACGUUUCUGACCGUGAAUCUGAUUCAGUUCAACAUAAUCAAAUUGAUCAACCACGUCAGCGAAUAGUCACUCAUCGAUAUAGUCUUAGGCGUUCUACGUGCAAUGUUCCAACUUUACAGAAGAUGAUCUCGGUAAAAGAAGCUGAAUUGGCUGCAUCUGAACAAGAAAGCAUAAGAAGUGACUUGGACUCUUCUCAGCUCCCAACACCCGAAGACAGUUCUUCAAAAGCUUCGGAAAAGAAAGUUCCCAAACCUCCUAAGUCUUAUUAUCGCCCAAAAAUUGAUCUUUUUGAACUCAGGGAAAACAUUCUGGGUGACUCGUGA